AGUAAAAUAAGUGAUAUAAAACAGUGACUUUAAAUUACGUAAAUUACCUCUCGAUCACUGGGAUUGUCUGAGUUUCUCUCGUGUGUGUUUAUGUGUGUGAAGUGUUAAUCCCACUCUGCAGUCCUGCGCCAUAAUGAAAUACAUGUCUGCUUGCUGAUUGGAUGAGAGCGGCCAGGCCCGAGUCACAUGGGUGAGUUCUUUGGUCCAGAGUAAAAAUGGGGUUUGGUGUAAAUCUAGGGUGUAUUGCUGUCAUAUAUCACACUACCUCGUAAAAACGACACUGAGGAUUCUGGGCCAACAAAUCAGAGAGAAAAAAUAUGAGUUCUUAUUAUGUGGACGGUCUUCUUAGCAAAUAUACGGCGGGUAGUUCACUCUUUCCAAACGUGGAGCGGGCGUCUUGCAGCAUUGGACCCAGUGGAGGGGACUAUGGCUCGGCUCGGACUGCUGCGGCCAUCGCGUUUGCACCGUCCCUGUCUGGAGUUUACAGCGUCAGUGAUGCAGUGUACCAGAGCCGCCCAGUGUUUACCUCGGGCUAUGGCCAGGGGCAGGACGCUCACACACUGCACUGCAGCCUGUUCGACCAGAGCCGCCUGUUCACCGACAGCUGCUGCCAUCCGGAGCCGGGACCCCUCACCUCGCCGCCGGACAAACAAUACCGGAUGUACCCCUGGAUGAGAGCGUCAGAUCCAACCCGAAAGCGGGGGCGGCAGACCUACUCCCGGUACCAGACCCUGGAGCUUGAGAAGGAGUUCCACUUCAACCGGUACCUGACCCGCAGGAGGAGGAUCGAGAUAGCCCACGCCCUCUGCCUCUCAGAAAGACAGAUCAAAAUUUGGUUUCAGAACCGCAGGAUGAAGUGGAAGAAAGACCACAAGGAGGAACCGGUGUCGACCCCCUCCGGAGAAAAGGACGGUGAUAUCCAGCCGGUGUCAGAGGCCGAAGAGUCCAAAGCUGGUGACACCCGGAACGCCGGUUUGGCGUCAGAAACGGCUGAAAAGUAACGAAAGAGACGGGCAGGAGCAUUACAUGAAAGAAACGCACUGUUAAGUGUUAGGGAUAUACCUGAGAUGUUACUCACACACCAUUCAUGCACUAAGAGCUUUGUAGGCUGAAUAAGUGAAUGACAGCUGAAGGCAAUUAUGUAACAAGCAUUUAACAGCUGUAGGCUGUAGGUCUGUAUUUCAUAUUUAAACCUAAAAAGCAUAAAAAGGCUCCGCAUGAAACAGCGAUAUAACUACCUAUCCAAACUAUAUUUUUAUAUAUGCAAUAUAACAUGUCAUUUAACCUGACUGAACUACUGAAUCAACAUUCCUGAACGAAAAACUACCUAAAAUGUACCUGCUAAUAUUAAAAAACUGACACAAGGAAUUCAACGCAAGUUGAAAUUGACGGUAAAUUGAUAAUCUACCUAACGGAAUACAUUUUCUCCACAGACGGUUGUAUUUUCUAAAGGAAAUAAAUACAGCAGUCUGCGUAAAUGUGCCUUAUUUGGAAUAAAGGCUAAUUAAAAGUGAAUGUUUUGUUAGUUAAAUGCUUUUAACUGUGAUUUAGGUGCUUCUAUAGAUUUCAAUAAUUGUGCCACUGUGUUUUUAUUUUAUUUUAUUAUCACUGCUUAUUACUUAGAAUGUUAAUAUGCCUGUUUUCGAUACUUAUUUACCCUAUAUACAUCCCAGGAUUAAGAAAAAAUAUUUGUUUAGUUUCGGAUGAACUUAUGUAACCUACCUCAGAUUCCCAGAAAGUCGAUUUGCUUAUAAUAUUGUAAACAGGAAUACUCCAACGUAAAUGUUUUGAAGUCUUAGCCGUGUACUGUGAGAAUUUUCUUUUAGACAGAUUUUCAGGCUCAAAAUGUCAUACGUGUUUUUAAAUGCCAGCGAUAAAUGCAUGCCCUUUUAUUUAGACAGCAUUUACAUUUCCGUUUUUUAAUGUAAAAUGAGUAAGGUAUUGUAAUCCAGCAAGUGCAAAUACUGUGAUAUAUUUAGGUUUAGUGCCCACGGUUUCAAUGUGAAUUAUAAGUAAUAUGUGAACAAAUCUUAAAGAGUCUUAAAUCUCUGGGAAUGUCUCAUAUCUGUAAAUGAAAAUAUAUAAAUUGAAUAAAAUAGCUUUUACCUGA